UAUCCUUCUUCUUCGUCGCCGUCGUCGUCCUCGGAGCUCCAGAUAUAUCGCUGAUGGCGGACGAGGGCACGGUCAAUUGCAUCGAUAUUCUUGUGGCCAUCCUCCUCCCCCCACUGGGCGUCUUCCUCAAAUUCGGAUGCCAGGUGGAGUUCUGGAUCUGCCUGUUGUUGACCUUGUUUGGGUACCUCCCGGGGAUCAUCUACGCUGUGUAUGCCAUCACCAAGUAAACUCGUGCUUCUCCCCCCUGCUUCUGCUGAAGGGAAAUGGUAGCUGUGAACUGCCAUCCCAGUUUGCGUUUGAUUGUUGUGUUGCUGUGUUAAUUGAUUGCUGUAUGUGCUGCUCUUGAUGUAAAGUAGAAAGACCUGUCAUCAAUAAAUGAAGCGUUGAGUUUGGUGUGA